ACGUUGUGUGGCUAGGAAGUUCGUCACUGUUUGGUGUAGGAGUUCAGGCGCCUCGAGUUGUUUUCGGUUUAAUUUCUGGUGCGGUUAGAAUUUUGUUUAGGUUCAAAUCAGACUCGAAGCAGAAGCGGUGAUCACAAAUAUCAGUAUUGAUAAACAUAUCACUGAGGAUCUUGAUCAUAUUCAUCGCCGCAUCGGAGUCCGUUUAGUCAGCGCAACUUGUGUCGAGAUGAGUGUGGAAGCGUACGGGCCGAGUUCUCAAACGCUCACCUUCCUGGACACCGAAGAAGCGGAGCUACUUGGAGCAGAUACCCAGGGCUCGGAGUACGAGUUUACCGAUUUUACCCUACCUAGCCAGACACAAACUCAAGGCCACACCCAGAGUCAGCUGGACAAUCAGGUGAAUGGUCCUAAUGAAGGGCUUCACAAUGGAGGGGUUGAUGAUGUUGCCAAGGCGAGCCAACUCCUCUCUGAGUUGAACUUUGAGGAGGAUGAAGAGGACACCUAUUACACUAAAGACCUCCCACUGCAUGCCUGCAGUUACUGUGGCAUCCAUGAUCCUGCGUGUGUGGUGUACUGCAACACAAGCAAGAAGUGGUUCUGCAAUGGACGUGGCAAUACAUCUGGCAGCCACAUCGUAAACCACUUGGUGAGAGCCAAAUGCAAAGAGGUGACUCUGCACAAAGACGGGCCGCUGGGCGAGACGGUGUUGGAGUGCUACAACUGUGGCUGUCGCAACGUCUUCCUCCUGGGCUUCAUACCCGCCAAGGCCGACUCUGUGGUGGUGCUGCUGUGCAGGCAGCCAUGUGCCAGUCAGAGCAGCCUGAAAGACAUAAACUGGGACAGUUCCCAGUGGCAGCCGCUGAUCCAGGACCGCUGCUUCCUGUCCUGGCUGGUGAAGAUCCCCUCGGAGCAGGAGCAGCUCCGGGCCCGUCAGAUUACCGCCCAACAGAUCAACAAGCUAGAGGAGCUCUGGAAGGACAAUCCAACAGCCACUCUGGAGGAUCUGGAGAAGCCCGGUGUAGACGAGGAGCCUCAGCACGUGCUGCUGCGCUACGAGGAUGCCUACCAGUACCAGAACAUCUUCGGCCCCCUGGUCAAACUGGAGGCCGACUACGACAAAAAGCUUAAAGAGUCCCAGACCCAAGAUAAUAUAACGGUCAGGUGGGACCUGGGGCUGAAUAAAAAGCGGAUUGCCUAUUUCUCCUUGCCCAAGACGGAUUCAGGUGACAUGCGGCUGAUGCAGGGAGAUGAGAUUUGUCUGCGCUACAAAGGAGACCUGGCCCCACUUUGGAAGGGCAUCGGCCAUGUCAUCAAAGUCCCAGACACACCCUUUGUGAAAGACUAUGGAGAUGAGAUUGCUAUAGAAUUGCGCAGCAGUGUCGGAGCACCUGUGGAAAUAACCCACAACUACCAGGUCGAUUUCGUGUGGAAGUCCACUUCCUUUGACAGAAUGCAGAGUGCCCUGAAGACCUUUGCUGUGGACGAGACGUCUGUGUCAGGCUACAUCUACCACAAGCUGCUGGGCCACGAGGUGGAGGAUGUCAUCAUCAAGUGUCAGCUGCCCAAACGCUUCACUGCCCAGGGCCUGCCCGAUCUCAACCACUCUCAGGUUUAUGCUGUGAAGACUGUGCUGCAAAGACCCCUCAGUCUUAUCCAAGGCCCCCCUGGCACUGGGAAAACUGUCACCUCUGCCACCAUAGUGUACCAGCUCGCCAGGCAGGGCAACGGACCCGUGCUGGUGUGUGCUCCCAGUAACAUUGCGGUGGACCAGCUGACUGAGAAGAUCCACAUGUCAGGUCUGAAGGUGGUCCGGCUGUGUGCUAAGAGCAGAGAGGCCAUCGACUCCCCCGUCUCAUUCCUGGCGCUGCACAACCAGAUCCGCAACAUGGACAGUAUGCCAGAGCUGCAGAAGCUGCAGCAGCUGAAGGAUGAGACCGGGGAGCUGUCGUCUGCUGACGAGAAGCGUUACCGGGCCCUGAAGCGCACCGCUGAGCGAGAGCUGCUCACGAAUGCGGAUGUGAUCUGCUGUACCUGUGUGGGGGCAGGAGAUCCACGCCUGGCCAAGAUGCAGUUCCGCUCAAUCCUGAUUGAUGAGAGCACUCAGGCCACCGAGCCAGAGUGCAUGGUGCCUGUGGUCCUGGGUGCCAAGCAGCUCAUUCUGGUGGGAGACCACUGCCAGCUGGGCCCAGUAGUGAUGUGUAAGAAGGCAGCCAAAGCAGGCCUGUCCCAGUCUCUGUUUGAGCGUCUGGUGGUGCUGGGCAUCAGGCCCAUUCGUCUGCAGGUGCAGUACCGUAUGCACCCGGCCCUCAGCUCUUUCCCCUCCAACAUCUUCUACGAGGGCUCCCUGCAGAACGGAGUCACCGCUGCUGACCGCAUCAAGAAAGGCUUUGACUUCCAGUGGCCGCAGCCAGACAAGCCCAUGUUCUUCUAUGUAACUCAAGGCCAGGAGGAAAUAGCCAGCUCUGGAACGUCCUACCUGAACAGAACUGAGGCGGCCAACGUGGAGAAGAUCACAACUAGGCUGCUGAAGGCUGGGGCCAAGCCUGACCAGAUAGGCAUCAUCACCCCCUACGAGGGCCAGAGGUCCUACCUGGUGCAGUACAUGCAGUUCAGUGGUUCCCUCCAUACAAAACUCUACCAGGAGGUUGAGAUCGCCAGCGUGGAUGCGUUCCAGGGCAGGGAGAAGGACUUUAUCAUCCUGUCGUGCGUACGAGCCAACGAGCACCAGGGCAUCGGCUUCCUCAAUGACCCGCGCCGUCUCAACGUAGCCCUCACCAGAGCCAAGUAUGGGGUGAUCAUUGUGGGCAACCCAAAGGCCCUGUCCAAGCAGCCUCUGUGGAACCACUUACUCAACUACUACAAGGAGCAGAAGGUUCUGGUGGAGGGACCCCUCAACAACCUGAGAGAGAGCCUGAUGCAGUUCAGCAGGCCCCGCAAGCUGAUCAAUGCCAUCAACCCUGGAGCCCGGUUCAUGAGCACUGCCAUGUAUGAUGCCCGUGAGGCCCUCAUCCCUGGGUCUGCCUACGAUCGCAGCAGCGCAGGGCGUCCAUCCAACAUGUAUUUCCAAACCCACGAUCAGAUCGGCAUGAUUGGGGCUGGGCCAGCCCACCUGGCGGCCAUGAACAUGCCUAUUCCCUUCAACUUGGUGGUGCCACCCAUGCCUCCGCCAGGCUACCUGGCCCAGGCCAACGGCCCUGCUGCAGGUCGUGGUGGGGCGCUGAAGGGCAAAGCGGGGCGUGGCGGGCGCCAGAGGACCCGCGGCAUGGGGAACCACGGUAGCAGCGGGCAGGCCAACGGGCACAACAGCCAGGCCAGCCAGGACGUGUCUUCCCAGCCCUUCUCCCAGGGGCCACUCACCCAGGGCUACAUCACCAUGAGUCAGCCCUCCCAGAUGAGCCAGCCUGGCCUCUCCCAGCCUGAACUUUCCCAGGACAGUUAUUUAGGUGACGAGUUCAAGUCCCAGAUCGACGUGGCUCUGUCGCAGGAUUCGACUUACCAGGGUGAACGUGCAUACCAACAUGGUGGGGUGACUGGACUGUCACAGUACUAGAGUGUUGUUGGAAGAGGAGCUAGGCUUGAGCUGAGCUUAGUUCAUCAGCAUUUUAAUCUGGGUAAUAAUAAA